AAAGCAACACCAUGAACAUCUCUCUUAAUCCUAUGCUCCAACCCCUGGCGGCCACAUCAGCCUUCUUCUCCACUCCAUCACCCAUCCAAGAUGAUCCUGGCAGCGCUCGAUCGUCACAACAGCAGUUCAUGGGAAUGUCUAGCUCGUCACAAAGCCCACCGGGAACCCUGGAUCCCCGGCAGCAAGUAUUUCGCUCAGACAGCAUCGACACGGACUUCAAACCUGUAGGGUUGGAUGGCAGUGAGAAGGGCAAGAGUAAACAGGGGUCUAACCUCAAGCGAAAACGUGACACCGAUCCAGGUCCCAUUGCUUCACCAACUGUAGCCACAAAUGGAAGUGCCAUCAGCAAUGACUCAGCUGACCAUCCAAAGCGGAAAAAAGCAAACAGAGCUUGUUUUGCUUGUCAGAAAGCGCACUUGACAUGUGACGACUCCCGACCAUGUCAACGAUGUAUCAAGAAGGGCUGCGCAGAUCAGUGCGUCGAAGGGCACCGUAAAAAGGCGAAAUAUUUAUUGGAGGAUGAAGAGCUCGAAGCGCUCAAGAAAGCUAAGCAAGAGAAGAAUGGACACUCAGGCACUGGCGACGACGAAAAUCCAUUCUCAAAUAACAUGUUCGGCGACUCACUAUUCAACGUACACCUCGAUCCAUCCCUUUCGUUCGCUUCGGAUCAUGCUUCUCUCGAGUACAACGUCCUUUCUCAGAUACUCGGCAGCACCGGUGUCUCACCUCCGGAUCAUCAAGCCUUCCGUGCCCAAGGACAGCAAAAUCAAGCACAAUUGAAUGGCUACACCGCAGAUCAGUCGAAUUAUCAGAUCACUUGGCCGGGUCUUGUUCAACCCCAGGCGUCGACACCACAAGAAAUGGAAUUGCAGCAGGGUCAGGACGGCGCACAUACUAUGUUCCAGCAAGCAUACGGCAUGCAACCCCAGCCGCAAUCCAUGUUCCCAGCAUCACAGCAGACGAACGGCUAUAUGCCCAACGUUCUUUCGGCUCCGUUAAAUGGCACAUUACGACUUGGUCCACCUUCUCCACCGGCGUCUAACGGGUCUCCGUCCUCUGGACAUGUGGGAACCGCCGGAAAUGUCGGUACCGUUGUACAGCCAACGCAAAAUGCGUUUGCGCCGACCCACCUACCUCUAUCAGUGGAUGCUGCAGACGUGUAUCAAAGAGUGACCACGAGUUAUGACUACACGGAGGGCUAUCAUUUCUUGAUGAAGUUCUUGACCGAACGGUUUGACAAGAAUGAUAUCCUCCGCGUUGUCCGAGCAUUAGCAAUUUUCAGACCUUCUCUGAUCGCGUUGCAAAUGCCGUUGAGCGAAGAAGACGAAGUCUUCGUAGAGAAGUCUUUCCAGCGAACACUUAUCGAACUGGACAAGCUCAUUUCAUAUAGUGGAACGCCAACGGUCGUGUGGCGGCGGACAGGCGAAAUCUGUCUUGUCGGUGUCGAAUUCUGCGUUUUGACCGAGUGGAGGAAGGAGGAGCUGCUUUCAGGCAAAAAGUUCAUCUACGAGCUAUUUGAAAAUCAGUCCGUAGUGGAGUACUGGGAGAAGUUUGCCAGUCAUGCGUUUGAGAACUCAUCCCAAUCCGUCUACACCCACUGCGUGCUCGUCAAAGCCGACGGUUCCCCUUUGCCCUGCGCUUUCUGCUUUUCGAUCCGAAGAGACAUCUUUGCCCUGCCGAGCGUGGUCAUUGGCCAGUGGUUACCCUUGCUCUAACCCUGCUACAUCCCUUUCCCUUCCCUUCGCUUUCUUUCCCCACAUUGCCCGUGCCCCACACCCGAUCCCCGCCGCAACCCGCCUUUUCCCCACAGAACCCUACCCUACCCUUAUCCGCCCCAUUCCUGUCCACUUCCCCUUUCCCCUUCCUUCUUGCCGAAAUCCCCCGCGGCGGUCUCCUCCCACAUCGGAUAUUGGAUAAAUCCAUGCCUUUCCCAAGCCUCCAAACACCGGAGGACGGAGGGAUCUGUAAUAGCCCUUAAAGAGCCUGUACUUGUACCCAAAUUGAAUAUCAAUCUAAC